AUGAUGGCCGCUGAACGCAAGGAGAACUUCGCGAGUCAGGCUCCUGGGAACAGUGGCUUCCGCCUCUCCCGAAGUGCUAACGGGUAUUUGUGGGAUGCCGAAGGCACCGGUGUGGAAUAUAGACACAAGCAGACGGCGGGGCCUGGAGGCCCUGGGGGAAGCAGCCGGAUGAGAGCAGCGGAAAGGCACUGGUGCCAUCACACGGUGACGCGGACGGUGUCCUGCCAGGUGCAGAAUGGCUCCGAGACCGUGGUCCAGCGCGUGUACCAGAGCUGCCGGUGGCCGGGGCCCUGUGCCAACCUUGUGAGGACUCUGAUCAGACCCACAUACAAAGUGUCCUACCGCACGGUGACGGUGCUGGAGUGGAGAUGCUGUCCUGGCUUCACCGGGAGCAACUGUGAUGAGGAAUGCAUGAACUGUACCCGGCUCAGCGACAUGAGUGAGAGGCUAACCACGCUGGAGGCCAAGGUCAGACGGCCUGGGGAGCUGGCGGGUGUGCGUGCGAGGGUUGUGGAUCAGGUUCCUGCAGGGUGUGACUGGGGAAAGCCCGGCCCUGAGCAGCCUGGUCCCAGGGGUCGGGUGCUGCUGGGGCCUCAGCGGUUCUGGGUGGUCUACUCUGGGCUGCCUCCUGGCCUCUUGGGGCCGCCAGGACCCCGCGGGCUUCCUGGAGAGAUGGGGCGCCCGGGCCCCCCCGGCCCCCCCGGCCCAGCAGGCAGCCCAGGCUUCCCUCCGAACGGCCCCCAGGGUGUCCUCUACUCCCUACAGUCGCCGACAGACAAGGACGAUGGACACUCACAGCUGGCCUCUGCUGCCGUGGACACCGUGCUGGCCGGCGUCCCAGGGCCCCGGGGCCCCCCUGGCCCUCCAGAGGCCCCUGCAGCCGUGACUGUGGUGGGGGAAUGGAGGACGGGGACACAGUGGAGCAGGGUGACCCGGGAGGAGACCCCGGAAGCCCUCGGGGGAGACGAGAAGGGCCUGGCCGGAGAGCGGGGCAUGAUGGGACCGGCUGGCGAGCCCGGCGGGAAGGGACAAGAAGAGGAGAAGGCGGCUACAGAGAGUGAGGGGGUGCAGCAGCUGCGGGAGGCCCUGAAGAUCCUGGCAGAGAGGGUCCUCAUCCUGGAGCACAUGAUCGGGAUCCACGAUCCCCUCGCCUCCCCCGAGGGGGGCUCCGGCCAAGAUGCUGCCCUGAGAGCCAGCCUCAAGAUGAAGCGUGGGGGCUCCCCGCCCGCCGACGGUCCCCUCGCCGCCCUGCUCGGCCCCGACCCUGGGCAGAGGAGCGCUGGCCAGGCCAGCGGCGGGAAGUAA